CUGACAGAGCCUUCGGCACUUGAUCCACUGUAUGAAGCCAACCUGUACUGUAACACUCCUGGCGUAACAGAGCGGAGUAUGGAAGGCCAUGCACCACACAACUUGAAACUGGUUUCUGUCCAGGUGAUGAUCCGUCAUGGAGACAGGUAUCCAUUGUAUGCGAUUCCCAGGACCAAGAGACCUGAUAUUGACUGUGUGCUGGAGCCUGACAGAAGUCCAUCUCAUCCUAACUUGGCAGAUUUUGUCAAUCACAUGAAGAAAGGCUCAGAAGCACAAAUGGAUGGUACUUUGAAUAGUCUGGCUCGUUUUCCUAGUCAUUCUAUUUGUGAAAUGGGAGAGUUAACACAGACAGGUGUUGUUCAGCAUCUACAGAAUGGACAGAUUCUAAAAGAGAACUACUUAAAGAAGCAUAAGCUGAUACCAAAUGACUGGACCACAAAGCACCUUUAUCUUGAAUCCACUGGAAAGAGCCGGACACUUCAAAGUGGGCUGGCCUUACUCUACAGCCUCCUGCCUGGCUUUGAUUGGAAGAAGAUAAACAUUAAACAC